AUGCUGCUCGGACUUGGCAUGCUUUGGAUCCUCACUGAUGCUAUCCAUUAUGAUGAAUCUGAAAGGCAGAAGCUAAAAGUGCCACAUGCUCUGUCAAGGAUAGACACUCAAGGAGCACUAUUUUUCUUGGGAAUUGUAUUAUCUGUUAGCAGCCCGGAGGCAGCAGGUAUUCUUCGGGAAAUAGCAAAUUACUUUGAUGCACAUGUCCCAAAUAGUGAACUGAUUGCAAGUGCUAUUGGACUCAUAUCUGCAUUAAUAGACAAUAUUCCAUUGGUUGCUGCCACAAUAGGAAUGUAUGAUGUCUCUUCUUUCCCUCAAGAUUCUGAGUUCUGGCAGCUGAUUGCAUUAUGUGCUAGUACUGGCGGAUCCAUAUUGGUUAUUGGCUCAGCUGCUGGAGUUGCGUUCAUGGGGAUGGAAAAGGUGGAUUUCAUUUGGUACUUACGGAAGGUUAGUGGCUUUGCCUUAGCAGGUUAUACAGCUGGUAUUGCUUCCUAUUUAGUGCUUCAUAAUCUCAACAUCUUGCAACCAUCUCUAGCGGAGGUUCCUUUCCUUUCAUGUUUCAUAAAUCAAGAAUUCGGACUUCAUUCCAAUCCAUUGUCAUGGUAUCAAAAGCAGCAUAGUUUGUAA